AUGGCGACUAGACAAACAAGGGGUCGUCAGAGAAUCCCUAUUCAACAAAUUGAGAAUAGGAAUGACAUGUACGCCACUUUUAGCAAGCGACGCCUUGGGCUGUAUAAAAAAGCGAGUGAACUAAGCACUCUUUGCGGUGUUGAUAUCGGAAUAAUUUUAUUCUCUCCUACUGACAAUCCAUACUCAUUUUCCCAUCCAAGUAUGGAGUCAGUGAUAGGGAGAUAUAGAAACCCCAACCACCCCACCAACAAUAACUCUCAACUCAUCGAUGCUCCAUCCAGGGACCGAAUUAAAGAGCUCAAUCAACAGUUAGACGAGAUCCUAGAAAUGAAGGAUCAAUUGAAAGAAAAGGACAAACAGCUCGAUGAGAUUGAUAGAACUCACUCCAAAGGCUGGUGGGAAGAGGUAGCCGUUGAGAGCCUUGAUGCAAGUGACGUUAAGCAGUGGACCACUUGGUUUGAGGCCCUUAAUGCCCGAGUCGAUAGACAGAUUGGCGAGACAACAAUAGCUCGAGCACUGGCGCCACAGGAUCAGCCAUAUAGUCCAUGA